GGUGCAAACAGCUAUGGACAACUUGGUCUUGGUCAUAAAGAGGAUGUGCUGGUACCUCAGGCACUGAAAGAUGUUUCCUGCCAAUGUCAAGACAUUGCAAGCAUUGCUGGAGGAGGGGGACAUUCCGCAGUUAUCACUGGUGAGGGACGACUCUUUGUAUGUGGCCAUAACAGAGAUGGUCAGUUGGGACUGAAUCACACAGAGGAUGUUCUGCGUUUUACGUUGUGCACUGCCCUGUCUGGCUUUUGUGUGAAACAAGUUGCCUGUGGCUGGGAUUUUACAAUCAUAUUAGUAGGAGGUGGCCUAGUUCUGUCCUGUGGGUCAAACUCUUUUGGACAAUUAGGAGUUCCUCAAAUUUCAGGUCCGUGCUUGAUUCCACAAAAGAUUGAGUCUCUCAAAGAGAAGGUGGUGAGUGUUGCUGCAGGACUGAGACAUGCCCUUGCUGCUACAGACAGUGGUUUGGUGCUUCAGUGGGGAACAGGAAUGGCAUCUCAGGCAAAGCGUGCGAACCAAGGGAAAACCCUCCCCCCCUUCUUGACAGCAAAGGAACCCUGUGAAGUGACAGGCCUGGAAGAUAUAAAGGUGAAGACAGUUGCUGCAGGCUCCUAUCAUUCGGUGUCACUCGCAGAUGAAGGACAUCUGUAUGUCUGGGGCAGCAACAAACAUGGGCAGCUAGUGAGCAAAGAGAUCUUCCUUGCUGAGCCCAAGAAGAUUGAGAGUCAGUUUUUCUCACAUGAGAAGAUUGGAGCAGUUUGGAGUGGCUGGACCCACCUGGUGGCACAGACAGAAACUGGCAAGGUAUUCACCUGGGGCAGAGCAGACUAUGGACAACUUGGAAGGCACACAGUGGUUCCCGAUGGGCAGGAGUUGUGCACAGCAUCUGAUCAACACUUGGAGCUGUUGUGUAACAUCCCUAUUUCUGUGCCUUGCCUAGAUGGAGCAUCUCAGAUCGCGUGCGGCUCAGAGCAUAAUCUGGCAGUAGUUGGUGGCCAGUGCUUCUCUUGGGGAUGGAACGAACAUGGGAUGUGUGGUGAUGGCACAGAAGCAAACGUUCGUGUCCCAAAGCCAGUCAAAGCUCUUGGUUAUGCAAAACAGAUGUUAAUUGGAUGUGGGGCAGGACACUCCAUGGCUCUUUGUCAAGCUCUGCCUUAG